AUGCCAUCACGUUCCUCUACUCAGAGAUCGCCUUCCAAAAGGAUCCGAUUUACGUCGGAUCGCGGCGCUCAACAUUCCUUGACCCAGACGUCCACGGGCCUCUCCUCGGAUGCCAAGUGUGACCCAUGGGCUGCCAUGAGAGGCGUCCAUCUACUCCCUGCAGCUCCCGGCACGCCCACCUGGGAAUCUCUGCCCGAGCCCGGGGCUCUCCAUGGACCUCACAACACAGAAUACGAGAUGAUGGAGGCGAGCAUCGACACGCCGCCGAAACGCCAGAGCAACACAAUUGCACCCUCUGUGAGGAUGACUCAAUUCAUGGACGAAUGGGCUCCCUUGGCAUUCUGCGAGCUAUUGGCCGUCGAGGCGCCCCCGCCUGACAUGCGAUGUUCGCGGUGUCCUCAAGGAUCUGGGCACGCAAGGAGCCCUCUCAUUGUUUAUCGAUGUGUGGAAUGCUUGCGUACACAUCAAUACUGCCAGUCGUGCAUGAUUUCCACUCAUGAGUCCAUGCCUUUCCAUCGCAUCGAGCAGUGGACGGAUGAGAAAGGCUUCUGGGAAAAAAAGUGUCUGGCAGACCUUGGGUUGCGGUUGCACCUAGGACAUGACAGCCAGAAGUGCCCCAUAGCAAUCAAUGGUCCUCGAGAAAUGACGAUCGUCCAUGAACACGGCAUCUCCAUCAUCCUAAUUCACUUUUGCGAAUGCCUUCAUCAUCAUACCAGUCUCGCAACGCCGGAUUCUCUCCAGCUCCUCCGUUGUGGCUUAUUUCCGGGGUCGUGGGAGAAGCCGAGGACGGCGUUCACCGUCCAGGUUCUGAAGAGUUUUCACCUGCUGGCGUUGCAAUCGCAGAUCACAGCCCACGACUUCAUGAGGUACCUCAGGCGCAAAACAGAUAAUGUAUUUCCUGACUCUACACCGGAUCGCUACCGGGAAUUAUUGAUCACAAUGCGAGAGUGGACGUACCUAGUCGCCGUGAAACGCGCCGGCCAGGCUCCAGCUCGCAACAUGACCAUCGGCAGUUUGGCAGUGCUCUGUCCCGCUUGCCCGCAGCCCGACAUCAACAUGGCGCCCAAUUGGCGUGAGCGACCUCACUCGCAGAGCUUCUUGGAUGCACUUUUCCACACGAUUGAUGGCAAUUUUCACCAGAACCAAAAGAUCAAGCCCUUGGAUCCCAACGACUUCCCUCUGACCUUGGGCACGGGCUAUUUCGCGCAUGAGGGAGACUUUGAGGCAUAUCAGAAACUACUGGGACCGAUGGAACGCGAGCCGUCUACGUGCCAUCAGUUUGGAGCCAUGGGCUAUGGAGGGUAUUGGGGUAAGGUAUCCGGAACAGUCGGUCUUUCCUGUGCCCGACACAUGUUCGUGUUGCCGGGGGGAGGGGUAGACCUACAAAAGGGGGAAAGAUUUGCCAAUGUUGAUUUCGCGAUGGCAUCUGGCUUGAAGCGUUGGAUGGAACUGCGCUUGCACGUCUCAGGCUACGACAUCAAUUGUCAGUAUCGGAUCCACUUCGACAAACGAAUGGCAUGGAUGGGCGAUAAUACAGGGCACCUUCCAGCUGUAUCUGGGGCUCGAUUCCCUACCACAGUGGCAGCUGUCGGGAAAUUUCAUCUCCCGGCGCACAAAGCGUCAUGUCGGUAUAAGUUCUCAUACCAUUGGUUGCCCGGCGUGGGGAUGACGGAUGGCGAGGCCCCUGAACGAAUCUGGGCGAUCUUGAAUGACAUCGGAGGCAGCACUCGUGAGAUGACCUCAGGACAUCGUCACGACGUCAUCAAUGAUCACCACUCAGACAUGAAUGUGCGACGAACCCACAGCAUCGUGAAGGCCACAUCGAAGAAGUAUGACCAAGCGCGUACGGAGUACGUCAGGGCGAAGGAUGCACUGCAGCGCUUGGAAACUCAAAUCGAGCCUGGGACUCUGGCUCAAUGGAAGGUCGAGGAACAGAAUUGGCUAGAGAAGGUGGUGGACAUGAAACAGCACGAUACCUUGCACAACCCGUAUGAGCCACGGAACGACAAAGGGCUCACUCAGAGACAAGCGUUAAGCUUGCUGCAGAGGCGUGGAGACGGUGUAGAUGCCAUGGGCGCAGGGAUGGUGGGAGCAGUUGCGGAGGGUAUGGAGUUGCAAAAGCUCAGGGAGGAUCUUCUGAACGAGUUGGAGUUGGCUGACGAGAAGUUGCUAGAGGACUCGGAGCUGGGACACCGCUUUAUGACACGACAUCAGACGUGGCGUGCACUACACGAACAAUAUGUUCAGCCCGCGAUUCAUGAAGCCAUGAACGAUAGUGACGCAGUGAACUGCUCGUCCAUCAAAUUUAAUGUUCGCGGGCCGCUGAUCGAACAAGAAAAGCACACGGCACACGACGAAGCAGGUGCUCGUCCACACUCGGCAAAACGUAAUGCUGCUUCAUUACACACAGAGCGGCCCAGCACCGUAGCGAGCCAAUCGUUGAGGAGUGCAGCGUGGCACAGGGUCCAAGCCAUGGCUGUCAACCUGCCGUCCGAUUAUGCUUUAGCGAUCACCACCCAUAGUGCUAUGUCCCAGGCUGCAGAGGUCGAGAGGCGAUUAUGA